GGGUGGAUAAACCAGGAGACCAAGAAAUAGCACCGGCCGACAUCUAACGCCGACGGAGCCCCACAGGACACGCGCACGCGCGCGCCCGGAAGGGAGAGGGACCUCGGCUGCAGUGACCCCCUGCCUUACGCUAAGCAUGGUCAUCUCCGUGGAUCAGAGCCCCGAGGAAGUACCUCAAAGACGCCCAAAAUAAACAGCCCCCCCCCCACCUAAAAGGCUGUGUAGCCUCCUGUUGGGCGUGCCCUGGAAUGACCCCUCAUUUUGAAACGGUUCUGCGUGGCGUUUGAGAGCGCAGAGAAGCAAAGCCGGCGUGACUUUGGGUUCCAUGCAGCAGUUUUCUUUUGUGGCUCUUUGGUGUCCAUCGAGAAAACUUGUCCGCGGUCUUUCUUCUUCCCAAGCUUGUCCUUGCGUCUUUGCAAAAGACUGGAGCUGCCUCACCGCCUGUUCCCUCCCCUUCCUUGCGUGUUUUUCUUCAGAUGGCCCAGGAACCAGCAAUCUGGGAAGACGCACUUUUGAGCUCUCCUCCCUUGCAUCCUUCACUGGAGCAGAUCCAGGUGUUUGGGAAAUAACUGGCAGGAAAGAAGAUCUGCAGUAGUAACACUAAUAAUUAUCACAAGAGGAAGAAUGCAGUGGAUGGUUCCCUUCCUGAUGAUGGCCUGCAGGCAAGAUGAAGAUGACAAUGGCCACCGCUGGCAGUGCUGAACCCAAAGGAGCCAUGAAAAGCCACAAUCCGCCAGGGAAGAAGCAGCCGGCAGGACCCACCACCUCUGCCCCUUCCCGAUGGCGCAGGCGCCGGUUCCGGUGCCAGGCUCCCUCCGAAGCGUCCGUGAAGGGGCAGCUCCGCAUGCGCUCCCCCUCGGGGGCCUUUGUGAUGGUGGGCGUCUCGGUGGUCCUGGUGGGCAUGAUCAUUGCUGUCAUUGGGUACUGGCCUCAUCGCACGAGGCCUGGAGCUAGCCGGCCAGGGAGUGCCAAUGCCACUGAUGAGAUCAAGAAGGAGGUGAGGGUCUCUCCCCACCCCCGCCUUUCCCCUCACAGCGAAAAGCUGAAGCUCAUUGGGCCCGUCAUCAUGGGCAUUGGGCUGUUCAUCUUCAUCUGUGCCAACACCCUCCUGUACGAGAACAGAGACAUGGAGACCCGCCUGCUGAUGCAGAGGGAGCUCUACUCCAUGAGCUUGAAGCUCCCCCCAGAUGCAAGCCAAGCAAGCAGCUACUUCCAGAGAAGGCCCCUUCCGUCCACCCCUCAGGCCAGUGCAGAGGGUGUGGAAGGUUGCUAUGAGGUGGACCUUUCCUCCAGUGGCUUCCAGUCUUGCUCCAGCCCUGUGAGGAAAUGGGCUAACAGCUAUGGCUCAAACAGGCUCCAGACCACCACCCAGUUCCUCCACCACAAGAGUGUCUCACCUGCCCUUUCCCUCCUGAGUGUUCGCUCAGACUCUGGCAACGCCCUGCAAGAGAAUCGCAACCUCUCCUUCGCCCAUGGACCAGAGUCCGUCAUCUCCUCGGCUGUCAAUGCCCUGUCCCUGCCUCUCUUUAGGCUGAACACCUGCCUUCUGGAAAACCGGGGCAUUUCCCGGGUGGUUGUCCGGGACUUGGAAGGCAAUUGUGUCCGGUUACCAGAGGAGCAGGAGGAGGUGCUGAGGCUCUCCUGGACUCUCCUGCCGGGAUGCAACAGCGUCACUCCCAGAAAAGACAAACUGCAAGGCAACCACAUCGUUCUUGAUAUGGAUAGUGAGUCUCCCUCAGCCUCCUCCGUUGAAAAGUCCCUGCACCCCGAUUGCACAAAGAGAGAAUUCAGUUCAGACACACAGAUCCCCAAUGCAGGUCAUUCCAAGUCCCUGGAUCUUGGCCAGCCAGGAGUGGUGGUGGUGGCACCCGUCAAAGACAGGAGGCACAGGAGCUGGCCUAGACUCGACCACAUUGGUCUGGUCAACUAUGCAAAACUGGAAAGCAGGGGUGACUCUUCCGAUAGGCUUUUGGACACAAGCAGGGAUGCUUUUCCAGAUGACAGCAGGGAGUCUUCUCAGGAGGUUGUUAUGGAAACAGGUUCCAGGGCUUGACUCUUCACUGGGGCACCAUAAAUGUUUUUCUUCCCUUCCUGUUACUUUGCUGUGUCAUGUCGGGCACUGCCGAGAAUGGACAUGCGCGUACGUUAAGAAACGAACUUUGCAAUGGUGGCUGCUUCGUCAACAAAUGCCUGAACCUAAGACUGGGCUGCUGCAAGAGAGCCACCUUAGAAGCCGUUUGGUGGAUGGCCUGUCUGCUUCUUGCCUUAUCAGAUCCCUCUUCAACAAUUCUCUCUCUGUUUAGCGUGAAGAUCUUUGCUCUCAAAUGGAAAUGGACUAUGAGUUCUAACAUCACGUGUGCCGUGGUGGUGAGGAAGGUGGUAUGCGGCAUCCUACUUUCCCCCAUCCCUCUAAGAUCACAUUAAUCCAGUCCACACAUCAGCGGAACCCAUGGGUCAUGGGGCUGUGGGGUGCUGGCAAUGAAGCAGGAACAAGCACAUGUGCUGUUUCUUACCCCCUGGUUGCACCUGCCCUGUCCCUGUGUCAGGAUAGUUCAUACCGAUGCCUGAUAUCUGGAACUGUAGGCAGUUGUUGGAGGAACAACCCAGACUAAUAAGCAGUGGUUUAUUCCUGGGUUUCAAAUCCAGGCUGUCUCUCCUGCAACAACCCACGGUUCUGGGUUUGGAUGCCGUAACACAGGGAAAGAGGGUUCCUGGGUUAUUUAACCCACUCAGGGCAGACAAGUGGCCAGGAUGCAGACCUUUGCUCGCUCCGGUUUGUGCGUUUCCACCCUGGGCUUGUUAAACCCAUGAUGUGUGAAAUGGAUCUUCUGGUAAGACUAUAGGGAAGAGUCAGAUUGCUGGGGUGCAGAAAUUAUAAACUGGUGCCUCCUAAAUCCACAGAUCUGGUUUUUUAAAAUAAUGAGAUUCUACUUUUAUAUAGAUGAUGGUUUCUGAGCUCUUUCUGACUAACUGUGAUUGAUCCCUGCCCAGGGUCCUUUUCUGCCCAGGCAGAAGUACAAGGUCUCAUUGCGUGUGUGUAUGUGUGUUUUUAAGAGAUUCUUACAGUUUUAUUGCCAAUCACAUAAUUUGGGCUCCAAGAAAGCCAAAAAUUUCUAAGUAAAAAUCCUGCAAGUUAAA